UCGCCUGUCAGCGACUUGCCCAGCGAGCUCAGACGCAGCUGGACCGGCGCGGCUCCGCAGGUUUGGGUCGGGAAACAGUCUUAACUAGCUUUCUGAGAGCGUCGCGCGCUGAAUCCCAGAGCCAACACGGAUUUUAUUAGGACGAGCAUGACGGAGGAGCGCGAGAAGUCCGCGGCGGACCCGCCGUGCAGCCCGGCGGGCACGUCCAGCUCCAUGUCCCCGGACGAGUCGGACUCGGACGCACCCUCGUCUCCGGCCGGCUCGCUCCACUCGGGCGCGGGCAAGAAACUGGACGAGGAUGACGACAGGUUCCCGGCGUGCAUCCGCGACGCCGUGUCGCAGGUGCUUAAAGGCUACGACUGGUCGCUCGUGCCCAUGCCCGUGCGCGGCAACGGCGCGCUCAAGAGCAAGCCGCACGUGAAGAGGCCCAUGAACGCGUUUAUGGUUUGGGCGCAGGCGGCGCGGAGGAAGCUCGCGGACCAGUAUCCCCACCUGCACAACGCAGAGCUCAGCAAGACCCUGGGCAAGCUGUGGCGCCUGUUGUCCGAGAGUGAAAAGCGGCCCUUUGUAGACGAGGCGGAGAGGCUGAGGGUCCAACACAAGAAAGAUCACCCUGACUACAAGUACCAGCCGAGGCGCCGGAAAAGCGUGAAGCCAGGGCAGAGCGACUCUGACUCCGGGGCCGAGCUGAGCCACCAGAUGUACAAAGCCGAGCCUGGCAUGGGCGGCCUAGCGGGCUUAGCUGAUCAUCAUCAUUCGGACCAUCCAGGCCAGCCCCAUGGACCACCAACACCACCAACGACCCCCAAAACUGACCUCCAUCAUGGGGCCAAGCAAGACCUGAAGCACGAAGGCAGGCGGCUUCUGGAAGCCGGGCGCCAGAACAUCGACUUCAGCAACGUGGACAUCUCCGAGCUGAGCACAGAUGUCAUCAGCAACAUAGAAACCUUCGAUGUUCACGAGUUCGACCAGUACCUCCCUGUCAAUGGGCACUCUGGAGCGGGGGCAUCCUCCAUGGCCUCAGAGUCUGGUCACGGACCCAACCCCAACAGCUACGCCACGUCCUACGCCAACCCUGGGGCCAACGGGGCCGGCUGGUGCCGCAAAGGGGCCUUGGCCUCGGCUUCCUCGCCGUCCCCUGGCGAUGUGGGUCAGCACAGACCUCACAUCAAAACGGAACAGCUGAGUCCCAGUCACUACAGCGAGCACUCUCACGGCUCACCCUCUCACCCCGACUACGGCUCCUACAACGCUCAGAGCUGCGCCACCUCGGCCGCCGCUUCCUUCCCCAGCUCCCAGUGUGACUAUACAGACCUCCAAAGCCCCAACUAUUACAGUCCUUACUCCAGCUACCCCUCCAGCCUCUACCAGUGCCCCUACUUCCACUCCUCACGGAGACCCUAUGGGGGCCCCAUCCUCAACAGCUUAUCCAUUCCACCCUCCCACAGCCCCACGGCGAACUGGGACCAGCCGGUUUACACCACCUUAUCGAGGCCGUGAGCCGUCCUCUCUUGCCGAACUUGGUCCGUACUUCGGAUGCACUUAUGAAGGAAUAGCAGAGGCCAAGAAAACGAGGGGGACAAUUGCUCAUUCAAAAGAAGAAGAAGAAGAAAAAAGUGCCUGCUGAUUUUGUAUGUUUGAU